AUGCUACAGCAGAUGGUUACACUUAUUCAAAAACCAGAAAUUGCAAAUAUCAUUUAUGAGGAUGUGGUUGGUAAUCUUAAACCUGUAGUGUGUAAACCAUGGCAAGGGAAAAUGCUGAAACCAGAAUCUCGUGGUUUAACCACAAAUGUAGAUGCAACAUUUUUCUGUGACUGUGACAAUGACUACCUGGGUGUUUUCUGUGAGGAAUUUAAUGCCUGUCAAAACAAUCCUUGUCAGAAUAAUGGAACUUGCAUGGAUAUGGCAGAAAAACAUAUUGGAAAAAAUUUCUCCUGUACUUGUCUUCCUGGAUAUACUGGGGGAAUGUGUCAGUCAGAGAUUGACUAUUGCAUUCAGCAGCCUUGCAAGAAUGGAGGGACCUGCUAUUCUAGUAGCAGUGGAUUCAAUUGCCAAUGUCCAGAAGGAUUCCUGGGACCAACUUGUGCAGACAGAGUCGAUUAUUGUGCUUCAUUUCCUUGUCAGAACAAUGGGACCUGUUAUACAGAUCGACUCUCCUAUUCUUGCAGCUGCAGUUCAGGUUUUACAGGACCUACCUGUGCCCACCUGAUUGACUUCUGUGCUCUGAAUCCUUGUGCUCAUGGCAUUUGUCGCAGUGUUGGAACAAGUUAUAAAUGUCUCUGUAUUCCAGGUAUGUAAGUUCUUGUCAUAUUCU